UUUCGUGUUUUCAGAUGCUCUGUCCUUCCUGGCUUUUGGCUGCAGCAGUCUUGUGUUUUCACAGUCCAUAUGUAGACGGCCACUGCUUGGAUUUGAUAGACUGCAUGGGCCUUAAAACCAAUGAACAAAAAUGGCAGUGUCUCAGGCAGUGCAGAUCUUCAUCUGAACAGCAGAACAGUGAGGAAGAGAGCCUCAGUUUGGGCCUGCUCUUAUCGGCUCUGUCUCCUGAUUCAAUCGAGCUCCAAGACGCCACUGGAGAAGCCCCUCACAAUGACGAGAGGAGGUCUUACUCCAUGGAGCACUUCCGCUGGGGCAAACCCAUGGGCCGCAAACGCCGACCCGUCAAAGUCUUCACCAACGGUGCUCUGGAGGAGGAGCCUGAGGAGUCGGUGGAAAGUGUGCGCGUGGAGCGAGGGCAGAGCGGCACGCUGGACGUUCAGCCGAGGAACAACGCAAAGAGCAAAGGGAAGUAUCGCAUGACCCAUUUCCGCUGGAACGCCCCACCUAACAAGCGCUACGGAGGCUUCAUGAGGCCGUAUCCAGAUCAAUCCCACAAGCCCCUGCUCACGCUCAUACGAAACGUCAUUGUUAAAGACGGACAGCAGUUCAGAGAUUAAGAGAGGA